AUGGUUGCUACACGCAGCCUGCAGCUUACGGUCAAGAAAACGACAAGACAACAGAAAACACUAGAAGGACAGCUGGUCAUGGUCAAGAACGGCGAGCGCGCGUCCAUCUCUUCACGAGUGGCAGAGUUGGACCAGAUCAUGCCACAGUAUUUAGGUGUCUCGAAAGCCGUGUUGGACUCCGUCAUUUUCUGCCACCAAGAUGAAAGCCUAUGGCCCAUGAGCGAACCCUCGGUGCUCAAAAAGAGAUUUGACGAAAUCUUCGAAGCGAUGAAGUACACGAAAGCUAUCGACAACAUCAAAGCGUUGCGGAAAAAGCAGAAUGAAGAGCUUGGCAAAUUCAAGAUCAUGGAACAACAUGCUAAGGAAGACAAGGACAAGGCUGACCGUGCAGAGAAGCGGUCUAUUAAACUGCAAGACGAGAUUGAGGAGUUGCGAGAUGAAACCCAGAAAAUGUCCAAGGAGCUGCGACGUGUCGCCGAAUUAGCCGACAAAGCCUGGAAGGAAUCCGAGAGCUAUGCUCAAGUGCUUGGUGCACUCGAGGGAAAGCGCAUCGAAGCCAAAAGCAUCGAGAACACCAUUGAAAACCUGAAGAGGCAUCUCGUUGAGCUGGACGAUUCGGAUGAGUGGCUGCAGUCGAACCUCGAGCAAUUCGAGACGAAGCAAAUCGAGUAUCAACAGCAGGAAGAGUCUCAGAAGGAGAACUAUGUGGAACUCAAAGAGAGAAUUGAGACAGCUCGACACAGAUUGGGUCUAAAGCAAGCGGAGAAUGGCAAGUAUGAGAAUGACAAAGCCAAUUUCGAACGCCAGAUUCAAAGACGCCAAACCAUGAUCACCGAGGCUGCUCGGAAUAACAAUAUCCGUGGGGUCGAUGACAACAUGGACCAGGCGGAAAUCGACGACUUCAUGCAGAAAAUACGGCGCUUUUUGCGGGAGCAGAAUCAGUCUUUAGAUCGCGUCAAACGCGAGGCCCAGCGCGAGCUUCGUGAGGUGCAGGACACUCUCAAUGAGAUCGGUCAGCGAAAGUCCGCUCUGCAGGAAACCAAAAAUGCGGCAAAGAGGCAAAUCGCGGCGAAUGAGAAGGAGGCCGCAGCCUACCAAGGGAAGCUAAAUGAGAUUGACGUCGACGAGGGCGUGCAAGCUGCUUUGGAGGCUAAGAUUGAAGACAUCACUUCAAGUCUUGACCAAGCGAAGGAGCGAGCCAACACUACCUCAUGGGAUCGAGAGAUCCAAAACAUCAACUCGCAGAUACAGCAUCUUGAGGAUGAGACCUCGAAACUCAAUGCCGAGCUUAUCGAGUCCACAAAGAAAGCGGGCGAUCUGGCUCGCUUGGACCAUCUCAAGAAAGAGCUCAAGGAUAGGGAACGCAGUCUGCAGACCAUGAAGAGCGCUCAUGGGGAUCGUCUUGUGAAAGUUGUCGGCUCCGAUUGGCAGCCCGAAAACCUGGAAAAGGAUUUCCAACGAGCAGUUGAUACUGAGUCAAAGCAGGUCGCUGAUGCCGAGCGAGUCCGGGAUUGUGUCCACCGAGAACUCGAGCAAGUCGAAUUCAAGCUGAAGAAUGCAAAGAAAAUCUUGAAGCAGCGGCGCAACGAACUCAAUGACUGCAAGGAGGAGAUUCGUCAAGCGAUCGACGCCGAGCCAGCUGAUUACCCUGAAGUUCUCAAGGAUCGUCAAGCCCAGUACGAUUUGGCUCGCAAAGAUGCUGAUCAAUUUGCUGGCUUUGGAGGGUACCUCGCCAAGUGUCUUGAUGCAGCAAAACAAACCAAAAUGUGCCGCACUUGCGCCCGAUCUUUCAGGAACGAAACAGAGCUCCAGAACUUUACCAGGAAGCUUGAGGCUCUGGUAAAGAAGGCUGGCUUGGAUGCCGAAGACGAGGGCUUGGGAGUUCUGGAAAAGGAUCUCGCGACCGCUCGCGCAGCCAACGGAUUCUACGAUCAGUGGAUUCGUCUUUCCGAGACUGAUAUACCCGAGCUGGAGAAGGAAGAGCAAGAAUGCGAAUCUCAGCGGGACGAGCUUUUGGACAAGCUUGAGAGUCACGAUCGGGUAGUCAGCGAGAAGCAAGAAAGCAAGAGAGAUGUUGAAACGCUGGCAAAGACAGUGACUACUAUCUCGAGAUAUGAUGCCGAAAUCAAGAACAUCAUGUCUCAAAUACAGGAGCUUUCCGCCAAGCAGCAGGACACUUCCCUGGCCCGCACUUUGGAGGAUAUCCAAGAAGAGAUCUCGGCCUCCAACGAAAAGUCUCGGGAUCUGAAAAAGACCCUUACAAAGCUUACCAAUGAGAAAGAGCAGACACGAAGCGAGAUGAACAAGCUAGAGCUUCAGCUCAGAGACGUACGGGACAGCCUCAACAAUGCCAAGUUCCAGCUGGAGAAAAAAGCCGACCUGCUUGUCCGGAUGGAGGAGUACAAGAAGCUCAAUGCCCAACAGAGGGAGGCAAUCCAAAAAGCAGACCAGGAUAUCGAGAAUUUGACGCCUGAAUUGCUCCAGGCCCAGAGCAAAUACGACGAUAUCAGCCAGAAGGCUGAAACUCGCGAACGGGACUUGCAGCACGAAAUCAACCGGUUGUCAGACAGCAUCCACCAACUUGACCUUGCCAACGAGGACAUCAAUUCGUACAUCGAACGAGGAGGUCCGAAUCAACUAGAGCGGAGCAAGAAAGAGAUUGCUGGCAUCGAGAGCGAGAUUACCCAAUUCGAAACCGAGCAAGGAGAGACAACAAGAGAGAUCAACAGGAUCUCUGCGCAGCUCAAGGAUAGUGAAAAUACGAAGCGGCAGUACUCUGACAAUCUGACGUAUCGUCAAGCCACACGGUCCUUGGACAAAGUUCUUCAGGAAGUUGAGGAACUGGAAUCACAAAACGCCGAAGUUGACCGCGGCCGUUUCAAGCAGGAGUCGGAGCGCUGGACUCGUGAGCACAAUGCCCUGGCUGCUAAACAGGCCAGCAAGAUGGGUGAAAUGAAGUCCAAGGAUGACCAAUUGAUGCAACUGCUGGCCGACUGGAAUACGGACUACAAGGAUGCAGCCUCCAAGUACAAGGAAGCGCACAUCAAGGUGGAGACCACAAAAGCCGCAGUGGAGGAUCUCGCUCGCUACGGCGGUGCUUUGGACAAAGCGAUCAUGCGAUACCACGGAUUGAAGAUGGAGGAAAUCAACGCCAUCAUCGGCGAACUCUGGCAAAAGACGUACCGCGGAACAGACGUCGACACGAUCCUCAUUCGUUCCGACAACGAAAAUGCCAAGGGUAAUCGAUCCUACAACUACCGUGUGUGCAUGGUCAAGUCAGGCGCAGAGAUGGACAUGCGUGGCCGCUGCAGUGCUGGCCAGAAAGUCCUGGCCAGUAUCAUCAUUCGCCUUGCUCUGGCAGAGUGUUUCGGCGUGAAUUGUGGUCUCAUCGCGCUCGACGAACCGACGACGAAUCUGGAUCGCGAUAAUAUUCGCUCGCUGGCAGAAUCGUUGCACGAUAUCAUUCGGGCUCGUCAGCAACAGGCGAAUUUCCAGUUGAUUGUCAUCACCCACGACGAGGAGUUCCUGCGCCAUAUGCAGUGCGGUGACUUUAGCGAUUAUUAUUAUCGUGUCUCGCGGAAUGAGAGACAGAAGUCGAUCAUUGAGAGGCAGUCAAUUGCUGAGGUCAUGUAA